UGACUAUUUGUAAGCACGUGAGGCAGGUUAUGUUCCCCAUAGUUUCCUCCUAACCUAGUGUUCUGGUGUAUACAAACAGACCAUUCGUCGGCUGCUAGGCCUGCUAUGGAGAAAAAUGUUUGUCUAUUUUAUUGCUUUGGAAUUGUUUGAAACAUAGCUUUAGUUGUCUUUAACCACAUUGACUGCGUCCGAUGUCCCAACUUUGCUGUAAGGCAGUUUUUCCAGUUUUUCUUUGAUCAAAACUUUGAGCAUUCGGCAUUACAGCUUUCGGUAUUCGCAGAUGGUUUAAAAUGUUCGCCUUACGCUUCAAAUCAAGGCACUCAAAGCGUAUACUGCAUAGACUUUACAGUGUAGAUGCCCCUAUCGCCUCUUCAUUCAUCAGAAACCGCUUCAUUGAAUAUUUUGUCAAUGAAAAUGAUCACACUCAUGUGCGUUCAUGCCCUCUGAAGCCUAUCAGUGAUGACACAAUUCCAUUUGUCAACGCUGGUAUGGUUCAGUUUAAACCUGUACUUUUGGGACAGACACUACCUCCUGCAUUGAAAGCAGCCAAUAGUCAAAAGUGUGCUCGGGUUGGAGGAAAGCAUAAUGAUUUGGAUAUUGUUGGCAGUGAUGGAUAUCAUCAUACUUUUUUUGAAAUGUUAGGAAACUGGUCGUUUGGUGAUUGCAACAAGCUUGAAGCAUGCCGAAUGACUUGGGAAUUACUAACUGGACCAUUUGGCAUCAAUCCAAAUCGUCUAUAUGUUACUUACUUUGCUGGUGAUAGCAGUUUGUCAUUGGAGCCAGACUUAGAAACUAAAGAUAUCUGGGGGCAAUUAGGGGUUGAAGAAAGUCAUAUCCUACCAUUUGGUGCCAAAGAAAACUUCUGGGAAAUGGGUCUAGUUGGUCCAUGUGGGCCUUGUACGGAAAUUCAUAUUGAUCACAUUCCUAAUCGUCGUGAUGCAGGAGCUCGAGUGAAUGCUGGUUAUUCUGACCUCACAGAGCUCUGGAAUAUUGUCUUUAUUCAGUUCAAUAGGAAUUUACAUGGCCAGCUGGAUCUCCUAAACCAAUCGCAUAUUGACACAGGCAUGGGUUUUGAAAGACUUGUGGCUGUGCUGAAUGGUACACAGUCAAACUAUGACACGGACCUCUUUAAGCCUCUGAUGGGUGCAAUCAAUAAGAUAACAGGAUGCCCUGCCUAUUCUGGCUCCUUUAAUGAGGCUGACGAGGCAUUUGAAAGAGAUAGUGCAUAUCGCAUUCUUUCUGACCACUCUCGCCUUCUUGCAGUUGCCCUAGCUGAUGGCGUUGUGCCACACCAGGAAUGCAAACUUCGUCGAGUUCUUCGUAGAUCUCUGAAUGUCACUCACAAGGUCUUCAAUAGCAAUGUGAACCUUUUGGUAGAGCUGACAAAUCAUGUCGCAGAUUCCCUUCACAGCAGUUUUCCUGAAAUAGGAAGAAAUUUAUCAAAGGUCCACAGAGUGAUUCGAGAUGAAGCUGCCAUUUACAGUUCUCUUAAACAAGAAUUUCCUAAGCAUUGGAUGCAAGCUGUUAAAGAAAAACCUGAGCUAGAAAGUCUCUUAGAAAUUGGCUCAAACCGAAGUGCACUUGCUGCUGCCUAUCGUAAAAUGACUUCCAAUAAAACUUCAGAAGUCACACCAGCAUUAGCAUUCCAUUUCUUUGAAUCACACGGUAUGAGUACAGAGUUGAUUGCAGAAAUGGCAAAAAUGUUAGGCAAAAAAUUUGAUAUUGAUAGUUAUGACAACAAAUUAGAGACCAUCAAGUACCAGAGUAAAGUAGCUUCGGCAACAGGAAAGACACAAGAUAAAUUGGUUAGAAUUCUUUCAUCUGCCAAGAUCCCACCGACAAAUGAUACAUUCAAAUAUGAUUUUGACUUAUAUAAUGAUAUAUACAGUUUCCCAUCAGUCUCUGCCAAAGUUGUUGGCCUGUUGGUAAAUGGAGAGUUAAAACAUGAAGCUUCAGGAGGAACUGAAUGUGGGGUAAUUUUAGAUCGAACUAAUUUUUAUCAUUCAGCUGGAGGCCAGCUCUCUGAUGAAGGAGAAAUACUUUUUAGCACUGGUAUAAAAGGACGGUCUUUAUCAGUUAAAGAGGUAACUAAAGUUGGUGCGCACGUUAUUCACUUUGGGAAUUUAAAUGGCAGUCUUUCUCUUGGUGAAGAGGUACUUACUGAGAUACAUGAAGCAAACAGGAUGAAUUCUAUGAAGAAUCAUACAUUAGCUCAUCUUAUCAAUGGUGAAAUGCAAAGGUUAUUUGAUGCACCUCAUCAAGAGAAGUGUGUUGUUCAGCACCAAUAUUUAAAAAUGACCUACUCACUUCAUGGGGAAGAGUUCACAGCUGAAGAUGCAAGGAAACUAGAAGAAGCUAUUGCGCAUGCCAUAACGGAUGAACUUACAGUCAAUCGAUACACAGUGAACAUGUGGCAAAUUCCUCCUUACACCACACUUGUGCCUGAUGAAACAUACCCAGUCGAAAAUAUUCAUAUAAUAGACAUCAAAAGAGGGAAAAAAAUUAUUUCAAGGGAAGCCUGCUGUGGCACUCAUGUCUUAAACACAAAAGAUAUUGGAAAGUUCUGUAUUGUUGAGGUCAUAAAAUCAAAGAAGACGAGUGUGUGUGCUGUUUCUGGUUUGGAAGCUACUCAAGCAAUUGCUAAUUCUCAUCAACUAGCUGAUACUGUAACCAAUUUUGUAAAAAAUGUUGUAAAACUAGAAGAUGGUGUCAAAGAACUAGAAGAACGAAUGUUAGGAUUAUCUAGUGUACCUGCCAUAAAACCGUACAUAGAAGAUAUUAAGAGAGUUCAGAGAAAUUUCAUUAAAAUAAAAAAAUUUAUUGAAGAGAAUAGGACUCGGUUCUCAUAUGUCACAUAUGAUGCUUCAGCUGCUGCUCUGGAGGAAGCAACUACAAAAAUUCAGAACAUGGCAAGAUACAUUUCUCUUUUGGAAGUAAGAAGAAAAGCUGAAGGUGCCAAAUAUUUAGUGCAUGUAAUGCAGCUUUCAGAUCUUCUAGUUAAGGUACCAUUACAAAAAUACACAAGGCAAGUUGAUGUGCCUGUUAUGUUACUUGCUCUUCACAAGACUGAAUUAAAAGUGCGCUGUUGUGUUCCAAAGGCCUAUCUUACUGAAGAAUUCAAUGCUUCAAAGUGGAUGAAAGAGGCACUUAGCCACAUAAUAGAACUUGAUAAUGAUGCUGAUGUGGCUGUUCCAAAAUCUGAAGGACAGACUGCAUCAAUGCAAUCCUCUGUAAUCACAUUUAAAACGAGAAUACCAGCUCGUUCAAAGCAAGAACGCUGUUGGAAAGCAAGUGAAGCAUGUAGUAAAUAUGCACAGUUGCAUGUUAAUGUAAGGACUGCUAAAAAGAUUUGAGUAAGGAAACAAAUUUUAAAUUUUACUUUUCUAAUGUAUAAUUUGCAACAAAGUGUGCAUUGUACCUUUAUUUGUGUAAGAUGAACUCCUUACAUUAAAAUUCAAGAAUGAAGUAGAAAUGAAAUGGCCAUCAGUUUUCAACCUUUAUUACUGAUUGAUGAUACACAACUGUGUAUAAAAUAUCAUACCACAAGGGUAUUAUUUUCAUAUUUUUUUUAUUUGCUAGAACUGAAACGGUGUUUGUUUUGUGAUAAAUUACUAGAUUUGCAGUGCACUGCAUGAAGAUGUGGCUUUUGACACACAAUUAAAGAAUAACAUUAAAUUAAAUUUACAUAACUUAAUGAGUAUUAUCGCAC